AUGCACACCUUCGACAAUGGCCUCAAGUCCACCACGAAAAAUGACAACUGGGAACAGCUCUUCAGGUUCUUCCGCAAGCACCACUAUCCGAUUUCCCGCGUGGAUUUCGAGCCUGUGAUGGAGAGCCAAAACGGUGCUGCCAUUGCACUGCUCAUCAGGAUAUAUACCUUGCUGACCAACCGCACUGUCCCCAUCUUCCUGGUGGAGGAUUUGCCAGAAGAAGGCAGUGGAAUGAGCAAGAAGGGAGCCGAGACCUUGCUGGACGCUGCGAGCCCUCCAGAGGUCAUUGAACAAAGGGACGACCAUCAUGGACGCCAAGAUGCUUACCAGAUCUUUCAGGCAGCGCGGCAGCACAAACUGGCCGAGCGCUCCGUCCCCAAAGCCGUGGCGCAGCGGGGUGAAGCCGUGCGCCGGGCCAUUGAUCGCCUGAUAGCCAUGGUACCUCUCGAGAUCCCAGAGGUUUCUGCUCGAUCUCUAAACCGCAAUGUGGCGCAAAUGAGAGUGCAACAAGCGCAGCAGGUGCAGGCGUUGCAAAAGAGCCGCAACACCACCUCAACGAGUCAACGAAAGUCCACCGGACAGGUGGAUGCAGGACAGACCAGCCCUGGUGGCAUCGGCUUUGUUGGGGGCAAACCGGUGGUCGAUGUGAUGAGACCCAUCGUGUCAGGAGUCCUGCAGGAAAACGACCAGGUGAUGAAGUCCUUGGACCCCAGAAAAGACGUGGUGGUCUCCUUCAUGGAGCUCUGUCGCACUCAUGUGCCGCAACCCACCUGUGUGAGGGUCUUUCAGGCCAUCACCGCACAGGCCCACCUGCUGAUUGAUGGUGUGAUGAAGUCGCCAGCAGAGUUUUGGAGAGUUUAG